CUCCCACUGGAAUCAUUUAUCAUCUCUGCCUUCCUUGACAGAAAUGGAUGAAUAAAGCUCAGGAGAAGCUGAGAUGGUCUUCAUGUCUUCCCCACUUUUUCCUGGCCUGCCCUGUUCAUCCCAUCCAUCAACGAUGUCUUCUACACUGAGCAGUCAGACCAUAUCUGGAGUAUUGGGCUCUGUUCCUGAUGCCUCACUGUGAGGGGCAAAGUCCCACUGGAGGUCAUGCCGAGGCGAUAACCCAGGGUGGUGUGGUGCCCAAAAAGGACGGACUCUUUCAUAGUGGGAUGCCUGAGGGCAGGUGAUGAGAAUAAAUAAAGCUGGAACCUCUCACUGGGAUGUUCUCAGGAAAAGGCCCCAGGAUGUUCCGGUUGCUUCUACUGGGCAUGUUCGUAGUGCUCUUCAUGGAUGAGGGAGACAGAGUCCUGACACGGAAAUGGAUUCAAUUUUGCAAUUCCUGUGAACACUUUGAUGGAUCCAUUUGCCACGGUGGCAUGAAAAGUUGCUGGAAGUUUAAUUUAUAUUUGAAAAACAGGAGUUGUGCCACAGAUCACUAUUACUUUAGUGAUCUCACUACAGGGAGGUAUCUCUUCCGUUAUACAACACUGUCUUGCAGGCCCUGUGAUGAGGGAAUGUUCCAAGUAUUCCACGACCUUCUGAGAGAAACGACUUGUUGCACUAAUCAAAACAGGUGUAAUACUGGCAGAGAUAAUUUAGAUAUUACGAGAAUUCUUGGAGCAGAGCCUCAGGAUGAAAUAGUGUAUGGUUCAUAA